GUUUGAUAGCCGUUUCAGAUUUAUAUCCGUACUGGGGAGUGUAUCUCGGUCAAACAACAAAAACAUGUCAGAGUGUGACAGAGUGAACCGUUAGCAACGUUCAGUUAUCUGCCGUCUCUGCUGCGGGGCGUCUAUCCGACUGACUGCUAUAUGGUUCCCGUCGUGUUCACGACCGAUAACCCCGAGAGAUGCAGCAUAAAGCACUGGGAUCCAUUGUAGGUCUUCUUUGUACCGGGACCUGUCUGGUGCAGGGAAAGGAGUUCUGUUCGGGGGUAAAUAAUGAACAGUACCGCUGUGAGAUGGGCUACUGCUGUGGAGAAACAGAGUGCUGCACUUACUACUACGAACUAUGGUGGUUCUGGUUGGUAUGGACACUUAUCAUAAUGCUCAGUUGUUGCUGUGCCUAUCGACACCGGAGAGUUAAAAUGCGUCUGCAACAGGAACAGCGACAACGUGAGAUCAGCCUAAUGGCCUAUCAAGGUGCUUCAACCUCCUUCAUAACCCCUCCGCCUCUCAGUUUAAGGUUUUGGAAUGACUGCAAGCUUCCCGACUAUGAAGAGGUUGUAGGGCACCCCCCAACCCCGCCCCCGCCGUACUCUGAAAACCCCCCUGAGUCGACUCCAGCGAUCCCUCCACAAAUAACCCAGCCAGUUUCUGUCUCUGUGCCACAAAUGCUGCCCGACGCAGAGCCAGCAGCGGACUGUCAGGCAUCAAGCGUCUCGUCAGACGAGGGGGCAAUGUCACAACCUGUCCAAUCACUGUGUCGGGAAGAGGAGGAUGUGGAUGUUCUGCUUCUGGGGGCUGCGGCAGACGAGGAGGAUGAGGAGCUUGUAACUCGACGCCGGCAUGUAACUGGCGACUCAGGGAUCGAGGUUUGCGUUUGCCAGCUGGACGUCGACGAGGGCUCGGGGCUCGAGGAAGAAAGCGACGAGGAGAACCGGAUGUGCAGAAGCAACAGCGGGGAGUGCUGCUCUGGACGUCCUCAGGAGACCUUCAGACAGAAGGAGUGCACCCCGGAGCUGCCCAGCCAGGCCCCCAACACCAGCACUGGAGACCACCUGGUGUGAUCCACAGCAUAAAUAACCAGCAAACCGAUGCAGCUUCCAGCUUCACGCAGGGUGAUAACGUUUGCCAUUAUCAUUGGCACGGGGAAUGUUUAAGCUUUAUUCCCCUGGACUGACAUUAACAAAAUGAAGAUGAUGACUAAUCAGUUUGGGUUCUGGUUUAGGACAGAUUUAGUAAGAAUGUGAGGAACAUCUAGCUCUUUUUUCACUACUUUUCACAGUGGGGAAUCCAACAAACAUUUUUGCUGCUUUGUUGGGUAUAUUUUUACCUUCCAUCCAGAGUGAAAACAUCACAGAAUAUGAAGAGAAAGAAAGCGGUUGCUUUGGACUGAAAGUAGAAGAGGCAGUUUCACCCUUCCCUCUCAUACAGCGCUGCUUUGCGGUUUUCGUUUCUGUCCCACAUCCUCGUAGAUCAGAACAUUUCUGCCCUAUCCUCCCAACUAAGAUAUGACCUCUGGAUUGACGGCUGUCCAGAACACGGUAAACAACAUCUCUCGGGCAGCCGUCGUGACUGAAAUGAGGGAAGAACAAACGUCUUUAACAGUCAUUUUGAAAUUAGAACCAGAUCUUUUUUUUUCUUCUUUGUUUUUCCCAAAGCUUAAUGUGUUUAAGUACUGAGGGCUCGCUGUGAAAUCUAGGCCACAGCUGCGCAGUGAUGUCAUCUCUAAGGUCAUGGACGCCAUUGGUUGGGAGGAGGGGCUGAACACUUGAGCAGAGAAGACAUCCCUCUUGUGUUUUAAAUGUCAUCCUGAUCUCUUCUUUUGUUUGAAUUUCAUGUUGUCACCAGAGCUUGGUGGUUUCUAAUUAGACGGGUGAAGAGGAUCCUUAGCAUUUACUAACAUGGGGAAGAUUCUUUCCAAUUAAAACCUUGCGGGGAGCUUUAUGUUACCAUUCAAUU